AUGACUAUGGAGAUGGGAAGCAGGCCGCCGAAGAGGCGUCUCAGAUCGAUGUCUUCCGGUGGACUUUAUUUGCUACUUUUGUCUUCACUGCUGGUCUUCGUUUAUUUGAAUGUCUACAGUAACAUGCCAAUAAUCGUUGUGCCCAAGCAACAAAAGGUCCUCUCCGAGCAAAUAUAUCAGAAUAAGCUAGGGACAGUAGCGGAUACAUUCCGUCCCCGCCUUGAGCUUCAUGCGGAAAACCACAUUUUCCGGGAGCCUCUCGUUCAUCACUACACUUGGCAUGUGACAAAGGCAUAUCGACGCCCAGAUGGUGUGAAGAAAGAGGUAUACCUGAUUAAUGGCUUACUACCUGGCCCUACAAUUGAGGCCAGAGCAGGAGAUACUCUGGUAAUCACUGUGGAGAAUCAUUUGAAAGAUGAAGUCUUGUCAAUCCACUGGCAUGGUAUUCACAUAAGAAACUCCAUGGACGGUGUCCCCGGGGUGACCCAGUGUCCCAUCGAACCGGAAGCCAGUUUCACAUACAACUUCACUAUCCCUAAUGAUCAGAAUGGCACAUUUUGGUAUCAUGCUCAUACAGACCUUCAGAGAGCAGAUGGGCUAUAUGGAGGGCUCAUUGUUCAUGCUCCCUAUCAGACGUUAGAAGACCAAAAGCUUUCAAAUGGUGAAAACGCCACAGACAAUGACCGUUUCGACUACGAGAAGGAACUCCUGCUCCUCAUUGGUGACUGGUAUCAUCAACCUGCGCAAGAAGCCAAGUCGCACUACAUGAGCGCUGCUUCAUUUGGAAGCGAGCCUGUGCCAGAUUCCCUUCUGAUCAACGGUAUUGGGCAAUUUGAUUGUGAUAUGGCUGUGCCAGCUCGUCCGUUAGACUGUAUUCAACAACAUGCAAACACGUCCUUUUUAAACAUAGAUAGGCGCUUCUCCUAUCGCAUUCGCGUUGUCAACACAGGCUCUCUCGCUGGAUUCACACUGCAGUUCUCGCAGGAAACUCUGGAAGUAAUCCAUCUUGACAGCAGUGAAGUUAGGCGGGAAAAGACGAAGAAUAUCCAAUCCGCUGGAAUUCUAUAUCCUGGCCAACGAGUAGACUUUGUUCUACGUUCAGACCGACGGGUGGCUCAGGAUAGCCCCUCUUGUAUGACCGUUAUUUUGGAUAAAUCAGGUUUUCGGCGCCCUAAUUUUGCAUUAACCGCGAUUCAAUCGUUUGGAAUCAAUCAGAACUGUUGUUCCACCAACCUGUCCAUUAGGAAUGAUGAGAUAACGCAUUUGCAGCAUGUUGAUCUCGAAAACAUUUCCUCGUCGCCAUCCGUCUUGUCUGCGCUUCCCACAAAGUCUCAGCAAACUCAUGUUGUUUAUACCAAGAUCCAAAUGCUAGCUAUUAACGCCAACAUGCCAUGGGGUUAUUUCAACCAUUCAUCCUGGCGACCUCAGAAAGAACCACCAUACCCUCUGAUCAGUCUGCCUCGCAACCAAUGGGACGAGAAUCAAUUUUCCUUUUCAACAUAUACUGACCCUGUCUGGGUUGACUUAAUUGUUAACAAUUUAGAUGAUAGUAGUCAUCCAUUCCAUCUUCAUGGUCACCACUUUUUCGUCCUCCAUGUCUACAAAGCUCUUCUUGGCUGGGGCUCAUACAACCCAUUCAAAGACGCUGUGCCCCCCGGUAUUUCUGUACCUCCCAUGGUCACACAUGACAGUGAAAAUUCGAACCCCGAUCUUCAGGAUGUUGGAUUUUAUGAUUUGGAUCACGCGAUUCUCCGAGAUACUGUCCAAAUACCAAGUCGUGGGUAUGCAGUACUGCGCUUCCGCGCGGAUAAUCCUGGGGUUUGGCUUUUCCACUGCCACAUAAGUUGGCAUUUAUCAGGUGGAAUGGCCAUGAUUGCAGAUAUAAUGGGCGAUGUGGCGGGAGAAGAGCCUCACGAUCAUUUUGGAUCCAAUGAAUCUUGUCAAUAUAGCAUGUGA